AUGACAGUAAAGAAAGAUACAUCAGCAUUCACAGAAGUGAUAAACGAUCCAUUACCAUCGUCACCAAAAAAGUCCUUAAUUUUAAGUAGAAAUAUUGAUCAGGAUGAUAUUGCUACGUCGAAUGUAUCGUUAAAUUCAAUGAAACUUUCAACAGAAGAUCCAAAGGAUUGGACAAAUAAAAAGAAAUUUUCGGUCUUAUUUGUUUCUUCAUUCGGUAUUCCUAUUUUUCCAAUAUCAAUCUCAAUAUAUUAUCCGGCGCUAAUUGCGAUACGUGAAUACUUCAAUACUACACAAUUUAUCGUGAAUAUAUCAGUCGGAUUAUUUAUACUGUUUAUGGGAUUCAUACCACUAGUGGUUGGAUCUUAUGCAAAUAUAUAUGGAAGAAAAAAAAUAUAUAUUUUUGUCAUGUUGAUAUUUACACUUUCAAGUAUGCUAAGUGCUAUAGCAAAAAAUAUAUGGAUAUUGAUCGUGAUGCGGACAUUACAAGCAUUUGGAUCUUCAAGUGUACAAUUUAUAGGAUCGGGCAUUGUAACUGAUAUUUAUAUUUCAAAAGAGAGAGAACAGGCAAACACCAAAAUUUUAUUAGGAUUUUAUUUUGGAGAGUUAAUGGGACCUAUAAUAGGAGGAAUACUUACAGAAUUUUUAGGAUGGCAUUCAAUAUUUUGGUUUUUAUCAAUUUACGGAAGUAUCUUAUUAUUAUUGAUAAUAUUUUUUAUUCCUGAAACACUUUAUAAUUCAUCCCCAGAAAUCUCUAUACCAAUAAUAACUGGUUCGAUUACAAACACAUCAAAUACAAAACAAUUUAAUUUAUUAUCCCCUUUCAAGUUACUUUAUUAUCCAAAUAUAAUAUUAACAAUUAUUUAUAAUACAACAGCUUGGAUGUUAAUUUAUGUAUUACAUAUCAUAAUUCCUUUUUCAUUUACCAAUAUUUAUAAUUUAUCUUCAUUAUAUAUUGGGUUGGUAUUUUUGGCUCCUGGCGUUGGUUGCAUUAUUGGAAGCAUAUUGGGAAGCCAUUAUUCUGAUUAUUUGAUAAAUAAGUACGAAGAAAAAAAUGGAAAAGAAGAGAGUUAUCCGGAAUUAAGAUUAAAAAGUAUCUGGAUCGGAGUUUUAUUAGCAAUCAUAUCAUUUUAUAUAUUUGGUUGGAUUUUGGAGAGGAGAGUUGAUAUUAUUUGGCCAUUAAUCAUGAUGUUUAUAGCGAAUUCAACAAUUGCUUAUACUACAGAUUCUUAUCCUGAAGAAUUUAGUGUUUCAAUACUUGCAAUAGGUGAUGCUAUAUCUGCCUUAAUAUCAACUAUAGUAAUAAUAUUAACCGUUCCCAUAGAAAAUAAGUUUGGUGUUGGUUGGAUUUUAAAAUAUUAUGAUAGAUAUUUAAAGUAUACUAAAUAA